AGCAGGCCAGCAAGCGAGCGCUCACUCAGAGCGAGCAACCAAACCAGCUGCAGAGCCUAGCAACUCCAGGUGCAGGCAAAGAAGCCAGCAUGGGCAACAGCCUGCGGUGCUGCCUGGCCUGCGUGCUCCCCUGCGGCUCCUUCGACGUGAUCAGGAUCGUGCACCUCAGCGGCCACAUCGAGGAGUACACCCGCCCGGUCACCGCCGGCGAGGUCAUCGCCGCGCACCCCAACCACGUCCUCAGCAGGCCGUGCUCCCAGGGCGGCGCGCGGCGGAUCCUGAUCGUCGCGCCGGACUCAGAGCUGAAGCGAGGGUGCUUUUAUUUCCUGGUGCCGGCAUCGUCGGUGCCGGAGAAGAAGAGGAAGCCGCCGCAGCCGCAGCCGCAGCAGAAAAAGGCACGGCCGCAGAAGACCGCGCCGAGCGCUGCUGUUGCUAACGAGGCGAAGAAGGACAAUGGUGACAGGUACCUGGCGGAGGUGUUGUCGGAGGGCAAGGCCAGCCUGAAGCGCCGCCGGAGCGGCCGUUCCACGGUGUGGCGGCCACACCUUCAGAGCAUCCUGGAAGAGGAUGCGAGUGACUCGUGAGAUCUCAAAUCUCACUCUUUCAGCUCACGUAGCUGUUUCCUCCUCAUCUCAUGUAAAUAGUCAUGGUGGUUGUGCAUGGUCUGCACCAUGUACGGUCUGAUCCUUGAGUUUUAGGUGAGAGGCAAGGCGACCCCCAUUUUGCCUCUCUGAUUUUGCUCCUUCUGCUAAAUUUUUCGCUCUC